AAGUGCCCGUGGAACCGAGUGCCCGCGAUGUGGGUGCUGCGGGCCCAGCCGUUGCUUAGGUUUCCUAAGCAUGUUGGACGUUGGGCCCGCGGGACGGUGUCCGCAGGACCCAGCGCGGGCCAAAAGGCGAAGCCGGACUCCAAAUACCGUGCAACGAUUUUAUUGCCCCAAAGCGAAUUCCCCAGCCAGUUGCCUGGCCGCCUGCAGCCCGAAACUGAAUUGGAGAUACAGCAGAAAUGUGGCUUUUCAGAACUGUAUUCUUGGCAAAGACAAAGGAAAACAAAGCAAGAAUUUUGUCUUCAUGAUGGACCACCAUAUGCCAAUGGAGACCCACAUGUUGGCCAUGCUUUGAAUAAAAUUUUGAAAGACAUCACAAAUCGGUUCCAUGUGAUGAAUGGCUAUAAAGUGCACUAUGUCCCUGGAUGGGAUUGCCAUGGGUUACCCAUUGAGUUGAAAGCAUUAUCAGAAUAUGGAGAAACAAAACAUCUUACACCAAUGGAAAUCAGAAAGAAAGCCAAAGCAUUUGCAGAAAAGGUAAUUGAGAAACAGAAAUCAGCAUUUAUGCGCUGGGGCGUAAUGGCAGAUUGGGAGAACUGCUACUGCACAUUUGAUCCAAAGUAUGAAGCAAAACAGUUGAGAGUUUUCCACCAAAUGUAUGAAAAGGGUUUUAUUUAUCAAGACUAUAAGCCAGUGUUUUGGUCUCCUUCAACAAAUACAGCUUUGGCUGAAGCAGAACUUGAAUACAACCAGCAACAUACUAGUCAAGCUGUUUAUAUCAGAUUUCCCUUGCUGAAACCCCCUCCCAAACUAGCUUCUGCAGUAGAUGGGUUAACUGCAGUGAGUUUGAUAGUCUGGACCACCCAGCCCUGGACUAUUGCAGCCAAUCAAGCUGUCUGUUAUAUGCCAAAUCUGGAGUAUUCCAUUGUGAAGUGUGCCAGUACUGGGGAGCACUUUAUAGUAAUUGCAGACAGAGUUCAGUCUAUAGCAGCUGUUUUGGAUACACAGUUUGAUGUGAUUUCAACAUUUAAAGGUACAGAUUUGGAAAGUGGAAUUUGUUCCCAUCCAACAAUUCCUGGAAGGCAGUCUCCUCUUUUGCCUGCAAACCAUGUGACCAUGUCAAAAGGAACAGGAUUAGUGCAUACAGCUCCAGCUCAUGGUAUGGAAGAUUACAGUGUAGCUUCUCAUCAUCAACUGCCCAUGGACUGUCUGGUAGAUGAAGAAGGGCUUUUCACAGAAGCUGCAGGUUCAGAGCUCCAAAAGAAAGCUGUUCUUGGAGAAGGAAAUGAGACUGUUAUUGAGAUGCUUCAAGCAGCAAAGAAUUUAUUGAAAGAAGAAAAACAUGUACACAGCUAUCCCUAUGAAUGGAGGACUAAAAAACCUGUGAUUAUUCGGGCCAGCAAACAGUGGUUCAUUAAUACAGAGAAUCUCAAGACUGCUGCUCAGGAAGCAUUAAAGAAAGUAAAAACUGUCCCAGCCUCAGGAAUGAACAGAAUGCUAGAAAUGUUGGAAAGACGAACCUAUUGGUGCAUAUCAAGACAGAGGCGCUGGGGUGUCCCCAUUCCAGUUUUUUACCAUAAGUCAACAGAGGAGCCUUUAAUAAACAAAAAAAGCACUGAGAAUGUUAUUAAACUAGUGGAGCAACAUGGCAGUGAUGCCUGGUGGACACUUCCCAUUGAACAGCUUCUUCCCAAAGAAGCUCUGGCAAAGGCUGCUAAUCCUGAUAUCCAGGAAUAUGUACAAGGACAAGAUGUGUUGGAUAUUUGGUUUGACAGUGGAACAUCUUGGGCUCAUGUUUUAGAAGAUACAGGUGAAAGAGCUGAUGUAUACUUGGAAGGAAAAGACCAGCUGGGAGGUUGGUUCCAGUCGUCCCUCUUGAUUAGCGUAGCAACACGAAAAAAGGCACCAUAUAGGACUCUCAUUGUUCAUGGAUUCACUGUUGGUGAAAAAGGAGAAAAGAUGUCUAAAUCUGUCGGCAAUGUGGUUGAUCCAGAUGUUGUCAUCAAUGGAGGCAGUGACCACAGCACUGAGCCACCAUACGGGGCUGAUACUUUACGCUGGUGGGUGGCUGAGUCCAAUGUUUACACAGAAGUGCAAAUUGGACCUACUGUGCUCAGUUCUGCUCAUGAUGAUAUUAACAAGCUUCGAAAUACACUUCGUUUUUUGUUGGGCAAUCUGGCUGGCUUCAGUCCUGAGACAGACUCAAUCCCCACAUCAGAGAUGUAUCUGAUAGACCAGUAUAUACUCCAUCUACUGCAUGGCUUCGCUACCAAGGUUACACAGGCAUAUAAGGAACAUGACUAUGGAAAAGUCAUACGAUUACUUCAAGCCUUUUGUAGUAAAGAUCUCUCCAGUUUUUAUUUUAGUAUAAUUAAGGACAGACUUUAUUGUGAAGAGGAAAAAGAUCCUAAACGCCGUUCGUGUCAAACAGCCUUGGCUGCAGUUUUGGAUACAGUGGUUCGUUCUUUUGCACCGAUCCUUCCACAUCUGUCUGAAGAGGUGUUCCAGUAUAUUCCAUACAGAAAAGAGUCGGAUAGCGUGUUUCGUUCCGGAUGGAUGACCACAAGUGCUGUCUGGAAGAAGCCAGGCCUGGAAGAAGCAGUGGAUGGAGCAUGCACAAUGAGAGAUGGCUUCCUUGGCUUUAUUGCAGGCAAAAAUGCUGCGGAAUAUCAGGUGAUUCUGGUGAUUGAGCCUGGGCUGUUCUUUGAAUUAAUGGAGGUGCUGCAACCUGAGGAGUGCUCUAGUACAUCUCAGUUAAAUGAAAUAAUGAUGGCAUCACAGACAAUGCUGCUGACUGAAGUACCUAGAGAUGUGAAUACUGACGAUAUGAUUAAAGGCACAUUUCUGAUAAACUUAGAAGGUGGCGAUAUCCGAGAGGAGUCUGCCUAUAAAGUCAUUGUUCUACCAGCUGCCAAAUCAAAGUGCCCUCGUUGUCGAAAAUACACUGCUGAUUCAGCAGAGACUCCAUGUGCACGCUGUAUGCAAAUACUUGGUGAGAAAUGAUGCCUGUUCCCAUAGCGGUCAGAUAGUCGGGCCUGCUAAAGCAAGAUUCAUAUUUUGUGAAAACCUGGAAUAUAGAAGUAUCUACACAGAAACCAACAUUUUGUUUCUCCGAGAGCUGGAAAGCUAACUUUAAAAUUCACGUGUAUAUAUUUAAGCUUGUACACUUAAUAAACUGCUUACUAAAAUGCC